AUGGCGGCUGAGGAAAAAAAAAUAAAAAUAUUAGUGGAGAGAGGGGGGCUAAAGGAAAUAUACUUCAUAACACCAGAGGAUGAUGUCAAGGAGGUUUUGAAGAUUGGAGAAGAUGAUGUUUUGUUAAUAUUUGACAGUGACUUCCAACAAUAUUGUAUUUACAAUACAGCCACUCAAAUAAAGCAUCUAGAUAAAUUUAAAAUUAAGCAAAGAAAUGAUAUGCCAUCUACAAGUGCUGCAAGUACUAGACCAGCUGGAAAGAGAAGUCUAGAAGAAAUACUUUUGAAUGUGAAAGGACAAUCUUCUAAACAAAAACACACUAGCCUAAAAAGAAAUGGAUGUUGUAGAAUAACAUUUGGGUGGAUGCACCGAAUUCAUGAAAACACUUCGCACAUUGGCGUAAGAUAUGCCAAAGGAGGGGGAACAAGGUGCCUAUCUGUUCAACAAAAUGCAACCUACGAUGAGUUGACAGAAAUUGCAAAAGCUGCAUUUCUACCAGAGGGGAAGUCCCCAUUUUGUAGGAUAGAAGACAUCAUCAUCGACGGCAUUGGAACCUUUCAGCAACUUCAGUCGAAAGAGGGAUUUUCCUUGCAGGAAAUUAUAAACCUGCACGGUAACCCGUCGCGCACCAGAAUAUAUUUGUUUUCAACAAAAAAGAUUGUGACAACAACUAGUGAAUCACCUCAGUUAUCAUCUGACCAUGAUGAAACAGACAGUCUUGAGUCAGCAAGUUCACUUCCAGAUGUCCAUCUGGAUAGCCCUCAAUGUGUUACAGAGAGUAUUGACUCACUUCCAGAUGUCCAUGGUAGCCCUCCACGUGUUAAUGGUUUAGAAUUUUCAACGGAAACUAUGGAAUGGGAAGUGCCUGCAAAUUCAGGAACACCAACAGUCACAUUUAAACUAAAUAUGAAGUCCUGCCACAUAUGUUGUGAUCGAGACAUUAAUAGCUUUCUGCUGCCAUGUGGACACACUAUGUGUCUACCAUGUGCCACCCACCUCCAGAUCAAUCAAGAGGAUUGUCCCUUUUGCAAAGAAAUUAUUCAAAGUGUUAAACCAUUAUACCAAUAAACUUUGAUCCUCUGACUAUAUUGGACAGGUAAUACCUACUGAAUUCAUAUUAUCCAUUUUUUUUUGGCCAGCAUUUAUUUACGUGUUUACAAUCAAACAUCUUCUGUUCAACAAACAAAGUGUUCAUAAUGGCAAUCUGGUAAUUUUGUAUCCGCAUAUUUUUUUUUUUUUUUUUUUUUUUUAGUCGUGUUUGAUAUUUUUGGGUAGCUCAUCAUUGUUAAAAAAAUAUUUUCAUUACUAUUAAGUCUCAAACUGAACCAUGUAAAAUAAUAUUGGUAGAUUUUUAAAUUAUCUAGAAGCACAAAAUGUCUGAAUUCAUAGAACUAUGGAAUUCAGUGAUCAGUGCAGUCAUCAUGGAAUUAAGUGAUCAGUAUUCAAAUGCAGUAUCUUGCUUAUGAAAUCAUACUGUGUUGUUGUUAGAUGUGUUUAAAAGCUGUAGCCAAGAUUAUACUCAAAAUGUUAAUGUUUUUUUCAUAACCCCACAGACUGUAAUAUGUUUAUUCAACCAAAUUUGAUUUUGUUGUACAUGAAUUGAUGAGUAAAAUAAUAAAAGGACAGGCUUGCCAUAUCAUAAACAUUCAUGUACAGUAAUUUUGCAGCGUGCUUACAGUUAAUGUGUAUUUAGUUUGGCCUGGUCAUUAAUUCAGCUUCUCCCUGGUUAAAUGAACCAAUUGUUUUUACUAAAAAAAAAAGGGGGGGGGGGAAGACAAAAAAAAAAAAUUAACAUUUCUUAAAUUUUUUUUAUAGUUUGUUUAAAAAAAAAACCAGUUGAAUAAACACAUCUGUACAGGCUUACUGAAAUUACAGUAUAUUUUAAGAAUUUGUUCAUUGAUGAUAAUUAUGGCAUGAAAAUAAUGUAUGUAAUUAUGUAUUAAUGAUAAUUAACAUACUGAUGUAACUAGACAAUUUUUUUGAUGUAAAAUCAAUGACUUUGUCAAAGAAAAAAAAAUUAUGUGUAUUAAGUAGGCAUAGUCGUUAAAUCAGUUUCUCCCUGGUUAAAUGAACCAAUGUUUGUUGUUGUAUGUUUUGAGUAUGUUUCAAAAAGUGGUUGAAGAAGCACUAGGGCAUAGGCCUACUGAAAUUACAGUGUAUUUCAAAAAUUUGUUCAAUGAGGAUAAUUAUGGCAUGAAAAUAAUGUAUGUAAUAAUUCAUAAUAAUAAUAAGAAUAAUUAACACUUAAACUUGAGAUGUUUCAAUGUAAAUUGUUAGUGUUUAUGUAUAAUUGAUUAUUUUGACAAAGAAAGAAUAAUAAUUACAUCUAGGGCAUAGGCUUACUGAAAUUACAGGAAUUUUUUUAUUGAUGAUAAUUAUGGCAUGAAAAUAAUGUAUGUAAUAAUGUAUAAAUUAUAAUUAACAAAUUGAUAUAACCAGACUCUUAUAACUUGAGAUGUAUCAAUAUGUAAAUUGUUGUUCAUGUAAAAUCGAUGAUUUUGGCAAAGAAAAAAUAAUGAUUAUGAUUACGUAGGCCGACUCAUUAAAUCAGUUUGUGAAAUGAGCCAGUUGUUUUUUUAAUAAAAAAACAAAACUGACGUUUGUUAGUUUGGAAUUUGUUCCAAAAAAUGAUGAAACAUAUCUCUAAAAUUACUGUAUGUAAUGUAUUUCAAGAAUUUGUUCAUUGAUGAUAAUUAUGGCAUGAAAAUAAUGUAUUAAUAAUAAUUAACAUACUCAGUCCUAAUGUAAAUAGACACUUAAAUUUGAUGUGUAAAUAUGUAAAAUUGUUGAUUAUGUAUUAAAAAUCAAUGAUUUUGGCAAAAAAAAGGAUAUAUGAUGCGUAUUAAGUAGGCCUAGUCGUUAAAUAAGUUUCUUUCUGGUAAAAUGAACAAUUAUUUUUACUACAAAAAAAACAAAAAUAAAACACUGACAUUUUGUUAUGGGUUUGUUCCAAAAAGUGGUAAUGAAACACAUCUAGGGCAUUUACUGAAAUUAGUGUAUUUCAAGAAUUUGCCCAAUGAUGAUAAUUAUGGCAUGAAAAUAAUGUAUGUAAUAAUGUGUUCAUAAUAAUAAUAAUUCAUACUGAUGAUGUAAUUAGACACUUUAGAGGUGUCAAUACUGUAUGAAAAUUGUUAAUGUAAAAUUGAUGAUUUUUUGCUAAGAAUGAAUAAUAAUUAUUAUGUGUAUUAAGUAGGCCUAGUCGUUACAUUUGUUUUCCUCUGGUUAAAUUAACUAAUUGUUUUUAUUUAAAAAAAAACAAAAAAGAAAAAAGAAAAAAAAAUUGCUGUUGUAUGUUUAGAGUUUGUUUCAAAAAAAAAAUGGUUGAUAAAACAUAUCUAGGGCAUAGGCUUACUGAAAUCACAGUGUAUUUCAAGGAAUUGUUCAAUGAUGAUAAUUAUGGCAUGAAAAUAAUGUAUAUAAUAAUUUAUUUAUAAUAAUAAUUCAUACUGAUGAUGUACUUAGACACUUAAACUUGAGGUGUCAAUAUGUACAUUAUUGUUUAUGCAGAAUUGAUGAUUAUGAUCAGUGUAUUAAGUAGGCCUAGUCGUUCAAUUUGUUUGUCUCUGGUUAAAUUA